AUGCGUCUUUCACGGUCUGCCACAGCGCUAGCAGCGUGUUGCGCUUCUGCACAUGCCUUCUCAGACUCCUCCCCUAUCGUUAUGUUCUCAAGUGCUAGUCCUUGCAACUCCCAAAAGACUCUCAAGAGCUGCCCGACCGAUCGAUAUCUCAUCGUCUCCCAGCCGAACCUCAACAGGGCCAACUUGGUCGGCGAUGCAGUACCGAAUCUCCUCCGUUAUAAUAACAAGGCCCAGAGUCGCUACUCGCUCCCGGAGGUAAUUGGGGAGUUGGAUACGGACGAUGUGGUAGCAUUCGUUAGGAAGUCCUGUGAAGGAAGGCCGCAACUAUUUAUCGACCAACUCGAAUUAGCUCCUUUACCGUCCGUUAACGACGCGCACACGUUAGGGGAAAACGAUGACGAACUCGGUAUGGUGCUCGAACAGUUCGAUAGGGACGGUUCUUACACGGUUAUCUAUGCUGGUGCUCCACGAAAGGAGGCUCCCCCGACCUACACGGCCGUGUUCCAGGAUGGCGUACCUGCGGAAUUGAAGAGAGACGUACACUCUGUUCAGCAGAGAGCUCUUAAUGACACCAGGAACCUACCUCUAUUUGAGAAGUACCAGUACUUCUCGACAGGCAUCUUCACAGCUCUCAUCGCUUUAGUCAUCCUUCUAUCGAUCCUAUACGGUGGUAUUGCCGCAGUCGCUAGCCUCGAGGUCCCCUACGGCGCAUUCGACAAGGAGAUGGGUCCUGCCGCGCAUAAGAAGCAGUAG